UCAAUUAUGGAAACAUUUAUUAAAUAAAAAAGAUAGUAAACAAGAACAAAUUAUUGAUUGGUUUGUUGAUUUUAUUAUGAUAGAAAGAAAAAAAAAGAAUAUGAUUUUAUUAUCAAAUGAUAAUGAUGAAAUUGUUAUGGAGAAAAUCAAUUUAUUAAAAACGAAAAAGAAACUUUUAACGAAAGAUAAAAUAACUGAACAAGGUUUACACAUUAUUCAAAUGUUUAUUCAAAAUACUUUAUCAAAAAUUGAUGAUAUACAAACUUUGACAUCUGGACAACUUUGGAGAGCAUUAAUUCUUCAUAAUUCAUUAUCCGAUAAAGAUACAAAUGAAGGUAAACUUACAGUUGGACAUGUAGCUAAAAUUUCACAACUUAUGGAAAAUUGUUUAUCAUCAUCAUCAAUAAUUGCGUUAACAAUUAUUGAAUUCAUAUCACAUGAUAUUACGUUUACAACAUCAUUUUGGUAUACAAUUCUUAAAGGAAAUUCUCAUUCAGAACUCUAUCUUCUUACUAUACGUAUUUCAUUUCUAUUAAAAUCUCCAACAAAUGAUUAUUCAGAUAAAUUUAUUGAAUUAUUAAAAACAAAUUUAUCAUCAUUUAAUUCAAAUAUACGUUUAUUAACACUUCGUAUACUUUCUUCAUUUAUUGAGGAUAAAAAUGAAAAAAAUAAUGUUAUAUUAACUUGUCUUUUAUGCGAAGAAUGUCCAUUAAAUGUUUAUGAAUUUCGUGCAAAAAUAAUUCAUUUACAAAAAUUAUCUGUUGAAUUUAUUUUAUUAAAUAAUAAUACAUCAUCAUUUCAUUUAGCUAUGUAUUAUCUUCUUGGUAUACUUUGUUCAAAUUUUACACCAUUAUGGUCAAUAUGUACUGAAUUACUUGGUUCAUAUGGUAAUAAAGCUAUUGAAUAUAUUGGCCAUACAUAUUUUUGGUCAAUACUUAAUGAAAAAUUUCAAUUAGUAAAUCAACAUAAUGAUAUAGAAAUUGUUGAAUCAAUCGAUGAUGAAUUAAUAAAUGAAUAUCUUGAAAAUGAAGUAAAAAGAGAAUAUGAAGUAAAUGAUCAAUCAAUUGAUUAUAUACAAUAUCGUA